AUGGCCAUGGCCGACCCUGUCGAGCACCCAGUGCCUGAGGACGACGACUUUGCUCUUUUCGGUCCAGAACCUGGAGAGGCGAGUCAGCCGUCUCAACCAGGACCGCUUGGACCUCAGCCUGCACCGCAGCCAGUGCCACAGCAAGCACCGGUUCCACCGACUGUGACGACGACAGUUGGUUUGGACCCCCAGCUUCAGCAGUUGAUGCUCAAUAUGAUGCAGAUGCAACAGCAGACGCUCCAGGUCAUGAAGGCCCGGAUGGACGCAGACGAGAAAAGAAGGAAGGAUGCAGAAGCUGCUUCGGCAGCAGUUGCAGACCCCUUCGGUGUGACGGCGGCGGCUGGAAGUCCGUCAGCCAAAGCGUCUGCUCCACCACCGCCAGCGCCUGCUGGUCCGUCACUGCACGUAGGAAGCAACAGAGCUGAGAAGUACCUCCCUGCUUUGCCCACUAUCGACGCACCGUCGAUGGGAAAGGGGCGUGUGAAAGAGCUGGAAGAGUACCACCGUUGGUGUGAAGUCUUGGCGUCAUGGUUGGCGCUCAUAGACGACAACUACGUCAACGAGUUGCGCCAAGCAAUGGUGCAUCACAAGGAGAUCAAGCAGUCGGAGAUGUCUGCACCUGUGGCGUCGAGGUCAGCUCGGUUGUUUUACUACCUUCAACAGAGUCUGCAGAAGUUUGAGAGAGGCAUGGAGCUUGUGAGAAGCACGUCCAUGCGGCAAGCUCAAGCUGUGUGUGGGUACGAAGUCAUGCGGCAAAUGCAUGCGACUUUCAGUAUUGUCUCAAGAAUGGAGGCAAUUGCUGUGAGGGACGAGGCCCUGAAGCUUGCUACAAAAGCCCGAGCCUACAAGAGGCCACUUGAUGUGGUCCGGUUCUUGGAAGAUGAGCUGGGCAAAGUGGAUCAGAAGCUUCAUCGUUUUCCAGAGCUGAAGCCCGGCGCUUCAGAUCGCCAGACCAUCCUGCUUCAAUCUGUCAACCCCGAGUGCCGGCAUUACGUUGUGCUGCACGGCAAGUCGGGAACCUGGGAAGAGCUUGUGACAAGCAUCCGGUUCUUUGAGGAACAGACCAGGCUUUGCGACGCUGGUGCUCUUCACGCUGUUGGCGAGAAGGGUUUGUGUUGGAACUGCGGCAAGGCUGGUCACUACACUACAGUUGGCAGUGCCCUGACCCACCAAAGGGUGGCAAAGGGACGCGCGCUUGAGGAAGAACAGCCUGAGCAAGUGAUGGCCUUGAGAUUUCAUCAUCUCCGUGGCAUUCACCCAGGGAAAGCGAUCAAGAACAAUGAGCCCAAUGAUGCUGAGUCCCCACGUCUCACCAUGACGGAUAAAGUGGUAGAGAAGCUGAGCCAGUCCUCUUCGAGGAAUAGUCACUUUGCGUGGCUUGUUGAUAGUGGAGCCACGUGCCACGUGUUGUCUGCUGCUUCUUUAGGGUUUUACGAGAUCGUUAAGGAGCAUUCGGGACCACUGCCUGUCUUGAUGAGCGCAAGCGACACCGAGAUGGAAUGCCUCGGUUUGGUCGAUAUUCGAGUGGAGUUUGGGAAGCUAGGGCCUGUAGUGCUUCAGAAGGUCCUGGUUUGUCAGAUCGGCUUCAAUGUGAUCAGUUCUUGGCAAGCGCCUUUGUCGGGUUGGUGUUCUUGGUUCACCGCCACGCCCGGCGAGAGUUGCUUGAUGAAGUACAACGGGAAGGGUUCCUGGAUUUGGGUGCCUUUAGAGACGGAAGCCAGGAGCUGGUGGGCAAUGGCCCAGGAGAUCGGCCCCGCGCGAGCUAAGGCGAAAGCGAAGUCCAAGGCAGGAGUGCCCAAAGGUACCCCACCGAAGUUUGGGAAAGAAGACGACGACACGGGUGAUGCGAUGGAAGUGGACCGCGCCAAAGAGAAGGCGCCUCCGAACAAGCAUCCGCAGAGAGCUUUGGAAGUGAGUGCUGGUGCGCUAGGAUCUCAGACGCGGAGACAGGUGCAUGCAAGUGUCGUUCCGGCUGGGUUCGUUUCUCGAGCAAAGCUGAGACUGCUAGUCUUGCUGUAUGUCGUCACCGCGGCGUGGACUUGGAAUCCGCAAGAGGACCCUAGUCUGCCAUAUGGCAGCUCCGGAUCCUCCGGGCCCGCCAAGCCAGAUGGUCGUCAUGGCGGAGCGGAUGAGAGAUUUGAGAGAACUCGCGAAUGCCGCGACGGCGUGGCGGUCUGCUUUGCUGGAAAAGCUGAGAUUGAGCAAGUCCGUAGAGACACGGAGGGAGAUCGAGGAGAGGGCCCAGAUGAACGAAGCAGAUCCUCGAGAACGCAUGCUUCGCACUUUUCAUUCUGUGACAAGGCCUGCGGAACCUCCGACGGCAGCGCCGGCCACUGUGGAAGAAGACAGUUCCGAAGAGGACUGGGGGAGAUGGAAGCCGGCGACAGACAGUGGCCGGGAGCCCGCGACAGACAGUGGCCGGGAGCCGGCGACAGACAGUGGCCGGGAGCCUGCGUCGGGCAGUGGUCGGGAGCCUGCGUCGGGGAGUGGCCGGGAGCUAGCUUCUGCAAGUGCUGGCCCGCCGGUUGCGCCUCCAGAGAGCCCCCGCCGUGCCCCGCCGUGGCAGAGAAGAAGUCCAAGAAGAAGGACAAGAAGGACCACGGAGAGCGUCGAGAAGAUGCUCCGAAGAAGGGCCGGAAGGAGCGUCGCGAAGAUGCUCCCCGAGAGAAGAAGAAGGCCACCGCCGAGGUUGUGGCGGGCCCGCGGCAAAAGGAGAUGGAAAAGGCCACUGCAGAGUUGGCCGUGCAGCAGAAGAAGAUGGAGAAGGCCAGCGAAGAGCUGGCUGUGCGAAAAAGGGAGAAAGAUUCGGCCCAAGCGGCCGUGGAAGCUGCCUCUGUGAAAGUGGGUGUGCGACAAAGGGAGAAACAACAACAGGAACUUCGUGCCGCGCUCCUGGCGCAACAAGAGGCGGAAGCGACGGUCCAGCUGAAAACUUUGGAACUUCAGUUGGCAGAUGCGAUCGGCGAGUCCGAAUCAGUCGCUACCGAAGGAGGCGUGGCUGCAGAGUCUCCUCGUGCAGCUGCCGAGUCUCCUGGUGCAGCGGUAGUCUUGAGUGCAGUGCCAAAGGGGUGCGUGGUGCUUGCGUUUCCCCGAAGCUACGCCCUACCCGAAUGGAUCCACAAAGACCCCGAACCUCGACCAGAGCCGUCAGGCUUGUCUCCUCCGGAGGACCUUGAGGUUCCAGUAUACAUCACUUCAGAGCGUUUGCGGGCGCACCGGAACAAAGGGCAUCAGCCCUUCCUGAGUUUCUGUGAUGUGUGCCAGUCGGCACGUGGUCGUGUCCCAGCACGGCGCAAGAACAUGAAGAGCCACUAUGCCCCAGGAGAGCUUCAGGUGGAUUUUGGCUUCUUCGGUCGAAAUGUUCGGUUUCUUUUGAUGGUUCAUGUUCUCUCGGGGUACUUGAGCACUGUUGUCUUAGGUCCUGAGGACCCUGUGCCUGUACCAGCCAUUUGCAAGGCUCUUUCUGAGAUGGGCCUCAACGGGCUGGACAUUGUUGUCCACGGUGACCAAGAAAACCUCCUGGAGAGUGUGUUCCGGGAUGCUGCGAAGCAUCGGACGUUUGUAGGACGGUCCAUGCAUUGGGUUCCGUUUGCAGUGAACAGGCCCCAGGCGAAAGGCAUUGUUGAGCGUAACAUUUGCCUAGUGAAAGAAGCGUUUUGGUCUGUUUGGCUAGGACUGGAAGAGCGUGUAGGAGGGCAGCUGCCUCUAGGAAGCCACUUGUUUGUUGAAGCUAGGCGGUAUGCUGUUAGGAUGCAUAAUUUGUUUCAUGUGUCCAAGGAGCAAAGCACGCCUCUGGAACGCCUUCGGGGUUCCACGGUCCAAGCGUGA